AUGGUGGAUAGCAUUGAAAUCCAGGAAGCUACCAAGGAAAACGCACUAUCAAAUCCUGAAUUGUGUGCUACCUAUCACGCCACUAAAGCAAAGAGGCAAGUCUCCCGUCGUCCUGCAGAAAGAUCGAAGAUAUAUAGCAAGUUUGGCCGUAUUCACUUCGACCUUAUUCAGUUAGACGAAGCCUCUAAUAGGGAUAAGUGGCUAUCGCAUCUCUACCUCGAGGGUAUUCGUUUUCAUAUAACCCACACGCAUAAGAACAAGAACGGUUGUGUGAAGGCUAUCCGAGAAGCCCUUGCCCUCUGCAGAAACCAAUUCGCCUUCGUUGAUUACAUCGCGCAAGAAGGGAUUAUAUGGGAACGAAGCGUUGCGGGCACUCCUGAACAGAACGGGUUCAUCGAGAGAGCGGGAGGUGUUAUUAUCCUUGUCGCAAGGGCUACGCCUAAACCUUACGAAUCUCCGUAUAUACGGUUACGGCGUAUAGCUAGCAAUAUCUGGCAGAUCUGGUUCCUAACUAUCGGCGUAGUACGCGAAGAGAGAGAUAUAGUAUUCGACGAGACUAUUCGCCAUAACGGCUAA